GCCUCAUGUUUGGUUGCGUCUCAUCCACUUCUCCACGUCAGUGAGUUUGCGAAGCGCCGGCGUCAGAGAUUCACUUCAUCCAAACCUUACCUUUCAGCCCUGGCCUCGCGUGUUUGUCAGCGGCUGAAAUGUGGUUGAUCAUUAUCCAUACUGGCGUGCAUUAAUCGCGUUUGUUUGCCCGUAUGCAGUAAUUAAACCAUUUGUAUUUUGCCUGGUGCUGGCUAGCGUAGGUCAGUGGGAAUUGAACGAGCAGCCAUCUUGGAUUCUCCCCAUCCCAGAUUUCAUCAUGGUAGACAAGAAUAUAUACAUUGUUCAAGGUGAAAUCUGUGCAGUCGUUGGAGCAAUUAAGCGGAAUUCCAGAUGGAGCACACACACUCCCCUGGAUGAAGAACAGGAUCCUCUGCUGAACAGUUUCAGCCAUUUGAAGGACCUGCUCAACACUAUUAAAGAGCUGCCCCAGAUAGAGCCCAAUGUUUUCCUGCGACCCUUCUUGGAGGUGGUGCGAUCUGAGGACACCACGGGCCCAAUCACUGGCCUGGCGCUGACCUCUGUGAACAAAUUCCUGUCCUAUGGCCUCAUAGACGCCAACCACGAGGGGGCGGCGGAAGCAAUCGAGAACAUGGCGGAUGCCGUGACGCAUGCCAGGUUCGUGGGGACGGACCCUGCCAGUGAUGAAGUGGUACUCAUGAAAAUCCUGCAGGUACUCAGGACGCUGCUGCUGACGCCAGUGGGGGCCCAUCUGACCAAUGAGUCCGUGUGUGAGAUUAUGCAGUCCUGCUUCCGCAUCUGCUUUGAGAUGAGGCUCAGUGAGCUGCUGAGGAAGUCGGCUGAGCACACACUAGUGGACAUGGUGCAGCAGCUGUUCUCCAGGUUGCCCCAGUUCAAGGAGGAGGCCAAAGGCUUUGUGGGCACCAACAUGAAAAAGAUCCCCAGUUGUGUCCUGGACAAACACGAUGUUAUUUGGGCAGAGCAGCCUAUAAACGGCAGUCAGAGUGGCUUAGAGAGGGUACCUGCUUACAAUAUCUUGUGGAAAAACAAACGUCUUAAGAUGCGUGCGGGGGGAAUGUCAGAGUCAUCCAAGUGGAAGAAGCAGAAGCGUUCUCCGCGGCCCCCCCGCCAUACAGCGCGUAACUCCUCAGGCCAGAGUGAACCUCCCCAGCACACCACGCUCAGCAAUAACCUCUCAGGAGGCAUGCCAUUCGUCGAGGAGCAGCAGUCUGCCCUCCCCGCAUCCGACAGUGCCGCCUCCUCAAUCUCGAGCCCGGUCCCCGACAGCGGCCUGGACACUUCCUCCAAGGCCACCUCCCACGAGGACCUGACGGACCUGGAGCAGAGUAGCUCCACGGCCACCACUCCAGGCACCAUGGGGCCACCCGAGCUUCCUCGGCCUGACCCACAGUGUGAGGGCCAGCAGGUGGAGCGUGCUCAGUCGGCCUCUGUGGAAUCCAUCCCCGAGGUUCUGGAGGACCGGGACUCAGUGGCAGAGCAGUCAGACAGUGCCUCUGUGCAUGACAUGGACUAUGUGAACCCUCGCGGAGUGCGCUUCACACAGCCCAGCCAGAAGGAUGGUGUUGCCCCUCUACCCUAUGGCCUGCCCUGCCUCCGCGAGCUCUUCCGCUUCCUCAUCUCGCUGACCAAUCCGCACGACCGCCACAACUCUGAUGUCAUGCUGCACAUGGGUCUGCAGCUGCUGACCGUCGCCCUGGAGGCUGCCUACAUUGCCCCUUACCAGUCUCUGCUGGGCCUGGUCAAGGAUGAGCUAUGCCGGCACCUCUUCCAGCUGCUAAACAUGGACCGCAUAAAUUUAUAUGCCAGCUCCAUACGAGUCUGCUUCUUGCUCUUUGAAAGUAUGCGAGAGCAUCUGAAAUUCCAACUGGAAAUGUAUCUGAAGAAGCUGAUGGACAUCAUUACCUCUGAGAAUGCCAAAAUGCCCUAUGAGAUGAAGGAGAUGGCUCUGGAGGCCAUUGUGCAACUGUGGAGGAUCCCAAGCUUUGUCACUGAGCUUUACAUCAACUAUGAUUGUGACUAUUACUGUUCCAACCUGUUUGAGGACCUCACCAAGCUGCUAUCCAAGAACGCCUUUCCUGUAUCUGGGCAGCUGUAUACCACCCACCUUCUCUCCCUGGAGGCUCUGUUGACCGUGAUUGACAGCAUAGAAGCCCACUGUCAGGCCAAAGUGCUCAACAACACGACGCAGCAGGACCAAUCGGAGACCCUGACGGCCGAAGGGGAGAGCAUCGUCGGUGAUGGCACGCGCACGGUGACGGAAGCAGAGAGGCUCCCCAAUGUAAAGAAUGGGCCUGAGGCCGAGGUGAGCCCUCUGUGCCCCACCUCUGCCGGACACCUGAUAGGUGACAGGCUGAGACAGGCCCAGCAGGACCAGGAGGAACCCGACUUGGCUGAAAAGAAGUUGCCCAAAAAGCCGCAGAGAUUCUCCAGCUGUUUGCCAGGCUCUCAGGAGCUGCUUGACAUUAAGAACAAGAAGAAGCUCCUGAUCACAGGCACAGAGCAGUUUAACCAGAAGCCCAAGAAGGGCAUUCAGUUCCUGCAGGAGAUGGGCCUGCUCAGUAGCCCCAUGGACAAUGGCGAAGUGGCCCAGUGGCUGAGAGAGAACCCCUGGCUCGACAAGAAAAUGAUCGGGGAGUUUGUGAGUGACCGCAAGCACAUGGAACUCCUGGACAGCUUUGUCAACACCUUCACUUUCCAAGGCCUUCGGAUUGACGAGGCCCUGCGCCUGUACCUGGAGGCGUUCCGCUUGCCGGGUGAAGCCCCAGUCAUCCAGAGGCUCCUCGAAACCUUCACUGACAACUGGCAUAAAGUGAACGGCUCCCCCUUCAUGACGAACGACGCGGGCUUCGCCUUGGCCUAUGCCGUCAUUAUGCUCAACACUGACCAGCACAACCACAACGUGCGCAAGCAGAACAUCCCCAUGACUGUGGAGCAAUUUAAGAAAAACCUUAAAGGGGUGAAUGGGUCUAAGGACUUCGAUCAAGAUAUGCUGGAAGACAUCUACAAUGCAAUCAAGAAUGAGGAAAUCGUGAUGCCUGACGAGCAAACCGGCCUGGUGAAAGAGAACUAUGUGUGGAGCGUGCUCCUGCAUCGUGGGGCCACGUCCGAGGGCAUCUUCCUGCACAUGCCUCCAGGCAGCUAUGAUCACGACCUCUUCACCAUGACUUGGGGACCCACCAUUGCCGCCCUCUCCUAUGUCUUCGACAAGAGCCUAGAUGAUGCCAUCAUCCAGAAGGCCAUCGCUGGCUUCAGGAAAUGUGCCAUGAUAUCUGCCCAUUAUGGAUUCAGCGACGUCUUUGAUAAUCUGAUCAUCUCACUCUGCAAGUUCACAACAUUAAGCAGCGAGUCCAUAGAUAAUCUCCCCUCAGUGUUUGGGAGCAACCCCAAGGCCCAGGUGGCAGCCAGGACAGUGUUCAGCCUGGCCCAUCGGCACGGGGACAUCCUGCGUGAAGGUUGGAAGAACAUCAUGGACUCUAUGCUGCAGCUGUUCCGGGCCGAGUUGCUGCCCAAGGCCUUGGUGGAGGUUGAAGAUUUUGUUGAACCCAGUGGAAAAAUAUCACUCCAGAGAGAAGAAACGCCGUCAAACCGGGGUGAGUCAGCGGUGCUGAGCUUUGUCAAUUGGCUGACUCUGAGUGGAGUAGAGCCAUCUGGCCUGAGGGGGCCUUCCACUGAGAACCAGGAGGCCAAGCAAGCCGCCAUGCACUGCAUCAAGCAAUGUGACCCUGAGAAGCUGAUCACCGAGAGUAAGUUUCUCCAGCUGGAAUCUCUACAGGAGCUGAUGAAGGCUUUGAUCUCCGUGACUCCGGAUGAAGAAACCUACGAUGAGGAGGAUGCCACUUUCUGCUUGGAGAUGCUGUUGCGCAUCAUACUGGAAAACAGGGACCGCGUGUCGUGCGUGUGGCAGGCAGUGCGUGAUCACCUCUGCCAUCUGUGCGUGCACGCCACGGAGAGCUGCUUCCUGGUGGAGAGGGCAGUGGUGGGGCUCCUGAGGCUGGCCAUACGCCUGCUCCGCAGAGAGGACAUCAGCUCCCAGGUGCUGCUCUCUCUGCGGCUCUUGCUGAUGAUGAAGCCCCAUGUUCUAUCCCGCGUGAGCCGUGAGGUUGCCUACGGGCUGCAUGAAUUGCUGAAGACCAACGCUGCCAACAUCCAUUGCAGUGAUGACUGGUUCACGCUCUUCUCUCUUCUGGAGUGCAUUGGGGCUGGUGUGAAGCCCCCAGCCUCUCUCCAGCUCACCUCUGGACCUGACAGCGACACAGGUGCCCAGUCGGACAGUGAGUUGUCAUCCUACCACCCCAGCGAGGUUAGCCUGGACCGGGGCUACACCUCCGACUCUGAGGUCUAUACGGAGCAUGGCAAGUCCAGGAUGCCGCGCUCCAUCACAGACGUGGACGUGGCCAAUAGCGGCUGGUUGGUGGUUGGAAAAGAUGACCUGGAUGCUGCCAAGUCUGUGGCCCCCAGCACCAAGCCACCUACCCCACCCCUUGUUAACCAGUACAGCCUGACUCUAGGCCAGGACAUGGGCCUACAUGACACGAAGUCCCUGAUAAAGUGUGUGGAGUCUCUCUCCUUCAUCGUUCGCGAUGCCGCCCACGUCACCCCAGAGAAUUUUGAGCUGUGCGUCAGGACCAUACGCGUGUUUGUGGAGGCCAGCCUCAAUGGAGGUUAUAGGAGUCAUGAGAAGAAGAGGAGCCAUAAGUACGACGCUAAGUCCAGCCGGAUGCGCAGAAGGCCGAGGGAGAAAGAGGGAGCUUCACGACGGGCCAAGGCCUCCAGCCAGCGGCCCUCCCGGCCGCACAGCGACGAGGAGGAGGACGAGGGCGUACCAGCCAGCUACCACACGGUGUCAUUACAGUUGUUGGAUCUGAUGCACACACUACACACACGAGCAGCCAGCAUCUACAGCUCCUGGGCAGAGGAACAGCACCACCUGGAGGCAGCAGGAAAAAAGGUUGAAGCAGACUCCCAGACCCUGUGGUCAAGCUGUUGGUGUCCACUCCUACAAGGGAUUGCCUGGCUGUGCUGUGAUGCGCGGCGUCAGGUACGAAUGCAGGCCCUCACUUACCUGCAGAGAGCGCUGUUAGUGCAUGACCUGCAGACCCUGGAUGCUGUGGAAUGGGAGUCCUGCUUCAACAAGGUGCUGUUCCCACUGUUAACCAAACUGCUAGACAACAUCAGCCCUGCAGAUGUGGGUGGCAUGGAGGAAACCCGCAUGAGGGCCUGUACCCUGCUGUCAAAGGUCUUCCUACAGCAUCUCUCUCCUCUGUUGUCACUUCCUACAUUUGCUGCUCUGUGGCUCACCAUUCUGGACUUCAUGGACAAAUACAUGCACGCCGGAUCGAGCGACCUGCUGCUGGAAGCCAUCCCAGAGUCCCUGAAGAACAUGCUCCUGGUGAUGGACACAGCCGGCAUCUUCCACUGUGCCGACUCACGCACUGGAUACUCUGACCUAUGGGAGAUUACCUGGGAGAGGAUUGACUGCUUCUUACCACGGCUACGACAGGAGCUCUUCAAGCAGGCUGUCAUGCCAGAACCUGUUUCUAGUGUGCCAGUUGAGCCCUCCCCAGCCCCAGCUCCUCGUACUGCAUCCCCAGUGCCAGCGGUCCCCACUGAGCCAAAGAUCCCCAGCAGGCCAGAGUCACCCCAGGAGCCUCCCCCUCUCAGUGCCAAUGAGCGAUCCUCUCCAGUGCCCUCUACAUUGCCAGUGCCCAUCCCUGUGAAGAUGAGCCCCAGUGAGGCUCCUCCUACCAUCAAUCAGUCAUCUCCCCUCAUCCUGCAGCCUCUGGCUUCGCCGCUGCAGGUGGGCGUACCGCCCAUGUCCUUGCCAAUCAUCCUUAACCCCGCCCUAAUAGAGGCCACUUGUCCCGUACCACUGCUCCCUGCUUCUCGGCCCACAGAGCCCAGUGACAUCUCUGAGGUAAAGUAGAGUGCCCACACCCAGUGCCUCAUGGGAAAGACAGGAGGGAGUCCAAAAUGAACAUAUUGUGUUAGCUCCUGACCCAUUGUUAGACUGCGGUUUCCCCAGCAUUGCCGUGCCUACUACAGGAAAUAAUGACUUCUUCUCAGAGAAAACAUAUGCUAGCAUGGUCAUCAAAUAAGAACUGGGAAGUUUGACGUCUCAUUCUGCUUCGUAAAUUCAGUCACUCUGGUGCUGCACUCUGUGCUAAACCUGUUAUCUGGUCACUUGGUGAUUACUGUCCUGGAGUGUUUCAUGCAACACUAUGGAAACAUGCUAACGAAAUUCAAGGGUGAUCUGAUGUUAGCAAGUCAGAUCUUCCCAAAACAGCAUUGUACACUGACACAUUUUAUUAAGUAUGUCUGAAAUUACAGGGAGGGCUCCCCAUGAACUCACCUGGAACCUGCAUGCUGGUCGUUGUAUGGAAUGUUCAUGAUUACCAUGAGUUUGUACCUGGGUACAGUGGCUUUGAAAAGGAGAGGGCAGAACUGUAUAUUAAACUGUCAUUUGUUACGACUUAGAUUACACUUUAAAUGUACAGAAAAAUACUACGUUGGUAUAUCUCACUCUCUCUCAUAGAAAAGAGAUUUUGGUUUUUUAAGAAUUUUGAAAUGGACCGAUUAAUACUGAAAGACUAUUACAGAAGAAAAACUUAAAUGGUGAAUUCUGCUUGCAACAUGAACCUAAUUUGUUGCUGUUUAGAAGCAGUGCCUGCCAGACAGGUUGCUUAUAGUCAUCUUAACAACAGCGCAUACUUCAGUAGUUAAUGAUUGAAAGUACAUUUCAGCCCAUGUCUUAUAUUCUAAAAAGAGGAUACCACUGGUUUGGUUUUUGGUAUUGUUUUAGGUCUGGAACAUUCCAAACAUAAUAAAACCAUCUGUCCUGAUGACUGAUUGGUUGUUCAGUGUAUAGAGAAGUAAUUUCAGAAAUAACUGAUCAAGCUGCACUUUCCCAAGAGGUCUUACUGAGAUAAGAAUACAUUGAUAGAUUUAUUUUGCCAUGUGGAGCAGGUGUGGUUUUCAUAUGCUUGUACAUGGUGGCCAUUGAGAACUGCUGUACUUAGACUGAUGUGGACCAAGAGCACAGUUAAUCUUGUUUAAUCUAAUAAACAACACAAGUCGAGGUAAACUGUAAGAAGAAAACCUCUAACCAAACCUUCAUGCUAAAAAUUCAGGUGAACUGUUCAUGCAUAUCUUUCAUCUUGGAAUAACUGAUACACCUGCUAUAGAUGCUGCCCGAAGUAGCACUCUAGUAUAAAUAUUGAACCUGUUUAAUGCCCUAUCAGUCUUCUCAGCCAUGAAACCAGUAUCCCUUCUUUGCACAUGGGACUGACGUUUGGGGUGUUACUCUUUUGGAAAUGAUACGUUGAAGAGACACAUCCAGUUCUGGGGGAUCAUUUGCCUUAUGUCACACCAUGCAAAAUGGAAUCAAGCUUGUGUAAUGACAUGACUCUGAUAGCGGCUGCAUUCUGCAGUGGGUGUAAAGAUCAUGUGGUCAAUAUUUGAAUCUGUUGUACUGCAUUAUUAGAAAUAUCAGGAAUAUGUUUUAGGUAACAAAGAAUGACCUGAAAGUAAUGUGUAUAUAUAAAUGGUAAUGUAAUUUUUACAAUGUAAUAAAUAAAAAAAAGCUAUAAUUUGUCUUGCUUUUAAA